AUAAUAUUUCAUUUUAAAACGUGUUUAUACAUUUUAGGUAAGUUCAAAAACACAAAUACAGUACAUGAUCCUACUCGUUCUCUUAAUUUUAAAAUUACACUUCUGAUUAAGUAACUUUAAAUGAAAUUCCUUAAACACGAGUGCCUAGUGUAAAGCGCGUGAGUAACGUGUCUAAGCUUCAAUAAGAAAUUGAUGACGUGGAAACUAUAAUUAAUAAAAAUAACAAAUUUAACUAGCCGGGCAACGGGUAGUAGCUAACGUCCGUCUAUUAACGCCGUUUAUAUAGCGCAGUUUUUUUUUGAAUACAUCAAAUUAUCCGAACCUAAGGCUCAGACUUAGCUUCGGUUGACCAAAAGUUUCUUCAUUUUCUUCCUUUCUCUCUCCUACCCGGAAAAAAAAAAAUAGAAAGUUGCAGAGAGAGAGAGACCUUAGCUGUAGAGAGAGAAAGGGAUUGGGUGUUGUGCACUGAGUUCGAUAGAGAAGAAGAUGAGUCAGAUCGCGAGACGGCGGAGGAAAGGUCGACCGUCGAAGGCGGAUCUGGCGGCGCGGCGUAGUAGUUCGUCUCCGGGUGAAUCGGGAUAUGAGCUCCGGCGAGGUCAAAGGCAGCGAAAUGUGAGGUAUAACUUCGAUUUCGAUGAUUACUUCGACGAGGAGGAAGAGGAUGAUGUUGAAGAGGAGAAGAAGAGACAGAAGAAGCUGAAACAAGUUCUUAAGCUGAACCAGAGCCGUGCUAGAGCUGACCCUCCGAUUAAGAGUCGAGCGCGUGUGAGACACGCGUCUGAUUAUGAAGAAGAAGAAGAAGAAGAUGAUGAGGACGAUGAAGCAGAGGAGGAGGAGGAAGAUGUGAGUGAGAAGAGGCAAGUGAAGAAGAGGAAGAUUAACCGUCACGACGACGAAGAUGAAGAAGAAGAGAAGGAUUAUGAUGUGGAAGAGAAAGAGGAAGAAGAAGCUGAUUCUGAGGAAUAUGAUGAUAAGGAAAGGAAGAGGAGGAGUGCUUCUGGGAUUCAGUGUGAUCAUUUUUCAGAAACAACACCUAUCCUUGACAAGAAGUCUUUGGAGUUGAUUCUUGACAAACUUCAGAAGAAAGACAUCUAUGGUGUGUAUGCAGAACCGGUUGAUCCUGAAGAGCUUCCUGAUUAUCAUGAGAUGAUAGAGCAUCCCAUGGAUUUUUCCACAGUGAGGAAGAAGCUUGCACAUGGAUCAUAUUCUACAUUGGAAGAGCUUGAGAGCGAUGUCUUAUUGAUUUGCUCAAAUGCGAUGCAAUACAAUUCCUCAGAUACUGUGUACUAUAAACAGGCAAGGACUAUUCAGGAAAUGGGGAAGAGGAAGUUUGACAAGGCAAGAAUUAAGAUUAAACGUGCUGAGAAAGAGCUUAAAACAGAUGAAAAGGUGAAACCUGGCAGCUCUGUGAAGAAGCAAGUGAGACAGCCAUUUAGUCGAAAUGGUCUAGAGCCCGUUGGUUCUGAUUUCUCCUUUGGUGCGAACCUUGCAAGUGGAGGAGCUUCUCAAAAUGAACCUGUUUUAACUCAAACUGGCGGACAUGAAAAGCACAGCUGUACAGAUGUGUUUUUUGAGGGAAAUGCAUCCUUAGUAGACAAUCUGGAGAAAGCAGAAGACUUGUCAUCCGGAAAGGGUCUUGUUGGUAAGUGUGGGAGGAAGCUGUCGGUUGUUGAGGAAGACCGCCGUGCAACCUAUGAAAAUUCUGAUCAGCAGGCCGAUAGAUCGGAGUCCAUAUUCACAACAUUUGAGAGUGAAAUCAAGCAGUUUGUUGCUGUAGGGCUUCAUGCAGAACAUGCGUAUGGUAGGAGCCUUGCACGUUUUGCUGCUACUCUUGGACCCGUUGCAUGGAAAAUAGCUUCUCAGCGAAUUGAGCAAGCACUUCCUGCAGACUUUAAGUUUGGUCGGGGAUGGGUUGGAGAAUACGAGCCGCUUCCUACGCCAGUACUUCUAUUUGAAACCUACACACCUAAAGAACCACCUAAAGAAGCAUCUGUCUUUUCAAAGCCAAAAUCAAAUGCUGCUGCAAAGAAGAAUGAGACACUGUUUAAGACUCCUCUGCCCGUAAAGGAACAACAGGGUAACAGACCCGUUCGAGAUGGAAACCGUGCAUUCCCAUUUCCAACAUCUAUUGGGGCUUCGUCAGAAGGGAGUCCUUCUUUUGUUGCUACUCAAGUAGGAAACCUAAAAUCAAUGAGCCAGCAUGAAUAUCGAAAUCCUUCUCCGCUAGAUUUUGUCAAGUCCCAAAAUAGGAUUCCUCAGCAAGUAGAACUGAAUUUACCCCCACCAGCAGAACAAUCCAAUUCCGGUUCUACUUGUGUUUCGGAAAACCGUAGCUUUGGAAAAUCAGAUACAGUGGCAUCAUACAGGUCAUCAAGUGACAUGAUGAGGAACAUGACUUCUAAAGAUUCUGAACAUUACAAGCAUCAGAUGACUACUAACGGGAUCUUUCCUGGUGGAUUGAGUAAUGGCAAAGACUCUCCUGGUGUGAGCAACAGAAUGUUUGAUCUAUCUACUGAUUUUGCUAAUCAAAUGAGUCGCACAGCAACAAGUUCACAACAACCCAUGAGACAACAGAGUCAAAGCCACGGUGAACAAGCACAGUUAAUGAGAAACUUCAAUGAGAAGGCUAGAACACAGCACAACUCUACUUAUAAUCAUCCUAAAGCUGAUGCUCCACCUAAUGUCUCGUCACCACAAUCCGCAAGAAGUGAAGAUUCGAGCAAUGCUUCUGUAGCAGCUGCAAGAGCAUGGAUGUCGAUAGGAGCUGGAGGGAAUAAUAAACAAACAUUUGAAAAUCCUACUAAUCUGAGGAGCAGCCACAUUUCUGCGGAGUCCUUGUAUAAUCCGUCAAGGGAACAACUUCACCAACAAGCUUUCAAACCAAGAGACCCCGAAGAGACACAGUUCCAUCCUCAGAGGAAUGGUUUCCCUUUCCAGACAUUUGUGCACCAGCCUGUUCACGGGAUGAUGAACGUAGGAUCACAACCAAUUCAGAACAACCGACCGAUUGUUUUUCCUCAGAUGGCUGCUCCAACUUCUGAUUUCACAAGAUUCCAUGUCCAGUCUCCAUGGCGAGGAGGCAUUACUCCACAAGUCCAGUUGAAGCAGAGACAAGAGAAUCUCAAUCUCCCACCAGAUUUGAACAUCGGAGUUCAUUCGCCUGAUUCUCCUGCAAAACAAUCUUCUGGUGUUCGUGUCGAUUCCCAACAGCCUGAUUUGGCGCUACAGCUCUAAAAAAACAGCCAUGAAGAAAACCCAAGCAAAUGAUACCGCCACAGCCUUUUCUGUUUUCUGUGCUCAUCAUUACACCAGGCGAUAAAGUGGGCUGGAUAUGUAAUUGAUCGCUGUGGUAUCAAAACGGAAACAAACAUAAGGCCAAGAGCUGUUUUACCGGGUGAGUCUACAUGUGAAUCAAAAUCUUUUACCAGGCUUCUUUAUUUUUUUUGAUGUGGUUAGUUUUAUUUCGAGGUUCAGGCUGGUUAGAGUCAUCAGUCAUCAGUAUAGUUGGUCUAAGAGUUAAAAUUUGGAGAUUUUUAUUGAUAUCGACAUCCCGGUUAGCUAACUAUGUUCCUAACGUAGAUGUUUCAUCAAACCAAUCCAAGUUCUUGAUUCACCUGA